AUGGCGGCGGAGGUGGAGGAGCAGAUGCUGGUGCCGAUGCACCAGAGGAGGAACAGGUCCGGGGAGGAGGCAGCCACAGUGGCGGAGGAUCCGAGCAUCGACACCGAUAAGCUAAGCUACGAGAUCUUCUCGAUUCUGGAAAGCAAGUUCCUUUUUGGCUACGACGACCCCGAGCUCUGGUCCACAAGGGUUCCUCCUCUAGCCGCCACAGCGCCGGCCGAGGCGUCCUCCUUCAAGAACCAGAGGGGCAAGGUGUGCGUGCUCUGCAUCGACGGCGGCGGUGGCUGCGGGAUGCGCGGCAUCCUCCCCGGGAAGGCCCUUGCCUACCUCGAGCAGGCCAUCAGGACCAAGUCCGGGGACCCCGUCGCACGAAUAUCGGACUACUUCGACGUUGCCGCCGGCACUGGCAUCGGGGGCGUCUUCGCCGCCAUGCUGUUCGCCACCCGCGACGGUGCCCGCCCCCUCUUCCGUGGCGAGGACACCUGGCGCUUCCUCGCCGACCGCGGCAAGCGCCUGUUCAGAAAGGCGCCGCCUUCCUCUUCCUCCUCCCCCGGCUUGUUCGUCCGCUGCCUCUUCCCGGGCGGCGGAGCGUCGACGACCACGGCGGCGAUGGAGAAGGCGAUGAAGGAAGCUUUUGGCGAGAGCCUGACUCUAAAGGACACGGUGAAACCGGUGCUGAUCCCGUGCUACGACCUGAGGAACUCCGCGCCGCUCGUGUUCUCGCGCGCCGACGCCCUGGAGAGCGAGAGCUUCGACUUCCGGCUGUGGGAGGUCUGCCGGGCGACGUGGGCUGAGCUGGGGCGGUUCGAGCCGGCGGAGAUCACUUCAGUGGACGGGGCCACCGCCUGCGUCGGUGUGGACGGCGGGCUUGCGAUGAGCAACCCUGCGGCAGCGGCCAUCACGCACGUCCUCCACAACAAACAGGAGUUCCCCUUCGUCCGGGGAGUGGAGGACCUCAUGAUGCUCUCGCUCGGCUGUGGAGAAGCAGGCGGCGGCGCCACCCCAGUCGUGGCGGAGACCGAAUACCGCAAGCUCCGGCGUUGGGGCCCCAGGGAGUGGGCCCAGCCCAUCGCGCGGAUCGCCGCCAACGGCGCCGCCGACCUCGUGGACCACGCCGUCGCGCUUGCCUUCGGCCAGUGCCGGAACUCCAACUACCUCCGCGUCCAGGCGGAUGUCUCGAGCAUGCGGCGAUGCAGUGUGGAAGAGGUGGACCACGACGGAAGCCCGGGCAACGUGAAGCUGCUGUUGGAGGCAGCGGAAGCGAUGCUGAGGCAGAAGAACGUGGAGUCGGUGCUAUUUGGUGGGAAGAUGACGAGGGAGCAGAGCAACAUGGAGAAGCUGGAUUGGUUUGCAGGGGAGCUCGUGCUGGAGCACGAGAGGAGGAGUUGCCGAAUAGCUCCCACCGUCGCCUUCAAGCAACCCAUCCCAAAGUCCACAAGCAAGUCGUAGGCCAUGCAGCAGGCAGCGGUCACCUCUUGUGUUCUCUUCUGUUGGGUUCUGUCCUGUUCUUUCAGAUUCAAUUACAACUAUAGCAUUGCUCCCCACAGGUCACAACAAACUCUGUAACACUUGGUAGAUGCUCUCUCUAUGGUUACACUUCAUCAUCAAGCAAAAAUCCUGUUCUUGUGUUAUAGAUAGAUCACUCGAUUUCUAAGAAUGAAAUGGGAAUCUUUUUGGUGGUUA